UACAAUGUGUCAGUUGUUAUAAAAUCCGGGAGGCGGAGUCUAGUGACGAGGGCAGUGGGGGAGAGCUCCACCAGCCCUGCCGGGUGAACAGUCCAUCCCUGGGUCCGGAGGAGCUAAGACGCUACAGCCAGAAAACUUCCAUCUCCCUCUCCUGGCUUUGAUCGUUACCGGACAGCAGACUCCAGGCGCCGACCGACCGGAGGGAGGAUGAGAGAUGACCGGUCCUUUGGCAACCUGACCAUCUCCUUAGCAGAGCCUUCCAAAGAGAACCGGAGGCUUGCCACACGACCCAGGAGGCGCCGCGCCUCUUGUGGAUGUGUGUGUAUGAGUGAGCAAGCGGGUGUGUGUGUGUGUGAGAGAGUGAGUGAGGGUGUGUGAGGGAGUGUGUGUGUGCAUGCGUGUGUGUAUGUGCGCGCUUGUGGUGUGAAUGGGUGUGUGCACAGCACAAUUGCGUGGAAGCUUGUCUGGGUGAGUGUGCACUCGUGAGUGUGUUUGUGUGUGUGCUCGAGCUCUUGGCUGCUAUUAUUAUUAUUAUUUUGGAAGAAAAAUCCUGGAAAACUGGGGCAGGUUAUGGUACUCCCAGGGUGAUUUCUCCUUUUGCAAGAGGAGCUGACCAGAGGAAGCCACCAGAGCCAUUUCCCUGCCAGCAGAGAGCAUUUUCCUCCCUGAAGAAGGAUUUCUACCCAGCUCUGCAGCCAAGUGAAAGAGAUUAGCCUUGAAACCUGCGAAAUCGACUGUCGCUGUGUGAUUACCCAAGCUUGGGAGAGGACUUGGAAAGAAAAGGAGAAAUAAAUCAAACAGCCUGUCAGUUCUUUUUGCCACGUCAGAAGAUGUCAUCUCAAACUAAGUUCAAGAAAGACAAAGAGAUCAUUGCCGAAUAUGAAGCCCAAAUAAAAGAGAUCCGCAUGCAGCUGGUGGAGCAGUUCAAAUGCCUGGAGCAGCAGUCAGAGUCGCGGCUGCAGCUGCUGCAAGACCUGCAGGAGUUCUUCCGCAGGAAAGCUGAGAUCGAGUUGGAGUAUUCCCGCAGCCUGGAGAAGCUGGCCGAGCGCUUCUCCUCCAAGAUCCGCAGCUCCCGGGAACACCAGUUCAAGAAGGAUCAAUAUCUCCUCUCGCCCGUGAACUGCUGGUAUCUGGUACUGCAUCAGACCCGGCGGGAGAGCCGAGACCAUGCCACCCUCAAUGACAUCUUCAUGAACAAUGUCAUCGUCCGCCUUUCCCAGAUCAGUGAGGAUGUCAUCAGACUCUUCAAAAAGAGCAAAGAGAUUGGCCUACAGAUGCACGAGGAGCUGCUGAAGGUCACCAAUGAGCUCUACACAGUCAUGAAAACCUACCACAUGUACCACGCAGAGAGCAUAAGUGCAGAAAGCAAGCUGAAGGAGGCUGAGAAACAGGAGGAAAAACAGUUCAACAAGUCAGGAGACCUCAGCAUGAACCUGCUCCGGCACGAGGACCGGCCCCAGCGCCGCAGCUCUGUGAAGAAGAUUGAGAAGAUGAAGGAGAAGAGGCAGGCCAAAUAUUCUGAGAAUAAGCUCAAGUGCACGAAGGCUCGCAAUGACUACCUGCUGAAUCUGGCAGCCACCAAUGCAGCUAUCAGCAAAUACUACAUCCAUGAUGUAUCUGAUCUCAUUGAUUGCUGCGAUUUGGGCUUUCAUGCCAGUCUGGCCCGCACCUUUCGGACCUACCUCUCAGCAGAAUAUAACCUGGAAACCUCUCGCCAUGAAGGCCUGGAUGUCAUAGAGAACGCAGUGGACAACCUGGACUCCCGGAGUGACAAGCACACGGUCAUGGACAUGUGCAGCCAGGUCUUCUGCCCACCACUCAAGUUUGAGUUCCAGCCCCACAUGGGGGAUGAGGUGUGCCAGGUCAGUGCACAGCAGCCCGUCCAGACAGAGCUGCUUAUGCGGUACCACCAGCUGCAGUCCAGGCUGGCAACCCUCAAGAUUGAGAAUGAAGAGGUUAGGAAAACCCUAGAUGCCACCAUGCAGACCUUACAGGACAUGCUGACCGUGGAGGACUUUGAUGUCUCUGAUGCCUUCCAACACAGCCGCUCUACAGAGUCUGUGAAGUCGGCCGCAUCUGAGACCUAUAUGAGCAAAAUCAAUAUCGCCAAAAGGAGAGCCAACCAGCAGGAAACAGAAAUGUUUUAUUUCACAAAAUUUAAAGAAUAUGUGAAUGGCAGUAACCUCAUCACCAAGUUGCAAGCCAAGCAUGACUUACUCAAGCAGACACUGGGUGAAGGGGAGAGAGCAGAGUGCGGCACAACCAGGCCCCCCUGUCUUCCCCCUAAACCACAGAAAAUGAGGAGACCUAGGCCUCUUUCAGUGUAUAGCCAUAAACUCUUUAACGGCAGUAUGGAAGCGUUCAUUAAGGAUUCAGGACAAGCUAUACCACUUGUAGUGGAGAGCUGUAUCCGCUUCAUCAAUUUAUAUGGACUCCAGCAACAGGGGAUAUUCAGAGUUCCAGGGUCUCAGGUUGAAGUCAAUGAUAUCAAGAAUUCCUUUGAGAGAGGUGAAGACCCCCUCGUGGAUGACCAAAAUGAGCGAGAUAUCAAUUCAGUUGCUGGUGUUUUAAAACUGUAUUUCCGAGGACUGGAAAACCCACUCUUUCCUAAGGAAAGGUUUCAAGAUUUGAUAUCUACUAUUAAACUGGAGAACCCAGCUGACAGGGUGCACCCAAUCCAGCAGAUCCUCAUCACCCUGCCCCGCGUGGUCAUCGUGGUCAUGAGAUACCUCUUUGCUUUCCUCAAUCACCUUUCCCAGUACAGUGAUGAGAACAUGAUGGAUCCCUACAACUUGGCCAUCUGCUUCGGGCCCACCCUCAUGCACAUCCCUGAUGGGCAGGACCCUGUAUCCUGCCAGGCACAUGUCAAUGAAGUCAUCAAAACCAUCAUCAUCCACCAUGAAGCCAUCUUCCCCAGCCCACGGGAGCUUGAGGGACCUGUGUACGAAAAAUGCAUGGCUGGUGGGGAAGAGUACUGUGACAGCCCACACAGUGAGCCAGGGACCAUUGAUGAAGUUGACCAUGACAAUGGCACAGAGCCUCAUACCAGUGAUGAAGAAGUGGAGCAGAUUGAGGCCAUUGCCAAGUUUGACUAUGUGGGGAGGUCCCCUCGUGAGCUGUCCUUCAAAAAAGGGGCCUCAUUGCUCCUGUACCACCGUGCCUCAGAGGACUGGUGGGAGGGCCGUCACAAUGGUGUGGAUGGACUCAUCCCUCAUCAGUACAUAGUUGUACAGGACAUGGACGAUGCCUUCUCCGAUAGCCUGAGCCAAAAGGCUGACAGUGAGGCCAGCAGUGGGCCACUGCUGGAUGACAAGGCCUCCUCCAAGAAUGACCUCCAGUCCCCCACAGAGCACAUCUCUGACUACGGCUUUGGGGGGGUUAUGGGCCGAGUGCGACUACGGUCUGACGGAGCGGCCAUCCCCAGGCGCCGAAGCGGGGGCGACACACACAGCCCGCCCCGGGGCUUGGGUCCCAGCAUAGACACGCCACCCCGUGCUGCUGCCUGCCCCAGCAGUCCCCACAAAAUCCCCCUCAGCCGGGGACGGAUUGAGAGCCCCGAGAAGAGGAGGAUGGCGACAUUCGGGAGCGCUGGCAGCAUCAACUACCCUGACAAGAAGGCGCUGGCAGAAGGGCUCUCCAUGAGGUCGACUUGCGGCUCCACCCGGCACAGCAGCCUAGGGGACCACAAGUCCCUGGAGGCUGAGGCCCUGGCAGAAGACAUCGAGAAGACCAUGAGCACAGCUUUGCAUGAGUUGCGGGAACUCGAGAGACAGAACACGGUCAAGCAGGCGCCAGAUGUGGUGCUGGACACCCUGGAGCCUCUGAAGAAUCCACCAGGCCCCAUCAGCUCGGAGCCUGCCAGCCCCCUGCACACCAUUGUCAUCCGAGACCCCGACGCUGCCAUGCGCCGCAGCAGCAGCUCGUCUACCGAGAUGAUGACCACCUUCAAGCCUGCCCUGUCGGCUCGCUUGGCUGGUGCCCAGCUGCGCCCACCCCCAAUGCGUCCAGUCAGACCCGUGGUCCAGCACAGGUCCUCCAGCAGCAGCAGCUCAGGCGUAGGCAGCCCAGCUGUGACACCUACUGAGAAGAUGUUCCCCAAUAGCUCCUCGGACAAGUCUGGCACUAUGUGACCUGCAGGACCGGUGAUACCGCCAUGGCCCACUGCUGCACACCAUGGCCUAGGGUGGCCUCGGUGGCUUCUACUUGCUUCCCAGGGAUCUCCUGGCCUUGGAGGGCAGAUCCUAGAAGGUCAGCCUGGGUGGGUGUAUGUCUGUGGAGAGCAGAGGCCCAGGUGUUAGCUGCACCUCCUACUCAGCCAUGUGAAUGCCACAGACCUCUUGUGGGCAAAUAGACAUGCCAAGGAAUGCUGGAGCAAGAUCAGGCCCAAGGACAGUGUGUCCUAAGAUUGAGGCAGAUGCUUACCAGCUUCUCAUAUUGUCACUGGAAAAUUAUUCUCUCGAUAUUCUCUACAUACGUAUAUAUGUGUGUGUAUAUAAAUACGUGCAUAUAUACGCAUAUGUGUACGUAUGUGUCUGUAGGUGUGUGUGUAUAUAUAUUUAUGCAUCUAUAUACAUAUACUAGAGAGCUGGACAUACACACAUGCUAACUGUAUAUAGACGCUCCUUUUUUUCUUUUUAUGAAACUUAGAUUUACCUCAGACCCAUGCCACCAAACAUCUCCCACUGUUACUUGGUGGGAUUUGCAGGGACUUCUCUGGGAGAACUUAGAGGCCCCACAGUAACUGCGAACGAAGCAAUAUACCACUAACCUGCAGAGACACAAAACCAGAAACAGUCUCCAGCUGUCUCCAGAAGUCGUGGCCUUCCAGAACAGUCUGCCCCUCAAGGAAGGGUGGGGCAGGCAGUACCCCCAAGCAGGCUGCUCCUAAAGGUCGGGGACCCUUCAUAGAAAACCCUUCAUCCACUCCCAGAGGCUCUGCCCUGCCACCAGGAGGCCAAAGGUCAACUGUACCCCCAAAGGCACAGGGGAGGUUGGUGUGAAAACCCUUGGGUAUAUAUGCAGAAUCGGGGUGGUGAGAUGCUAUGCCCCAUCAUAACACAGCAUUACCUGUGGUUAGGGAAAAAAGAACAACAAAAAACCCCACAAAAACCAAA